AUGUGGUUGUAUAGACAGAGCUGUUCUCUGUCUCUUACUGAAUGUUCCUUCUACAAGAACAAGAAGAUUUUGAGGAUAAAGUGAAGACUUUCAGUCCACCAGAAAAACACUCGCAAAGAAAGUUACUCCUGGUGUAAAGGAUGCAACCAGAACAGCUUGUGUCAAUGGUGACACUUCAGCCUCCAAACACAUCCGCCACUCCAGCAUACAUGGAGUUUUUCAACUCAACAGACUGGCAACUAGUCUAUUCCAUUAUCCCACCGUACAUCUUCAUCGUGUGCUUGACAGGAAUUCUAGGAAAUUCUUUCGUAUUGCUAGUUUUCUUGCUCCAGCGAAGCCGAUGGUCCGUCCCUGAGAUCUACCUUGGUAAUCUGGCACUGGCUGACCUCAUCCUACUAGUCUGUCUGCCUUUUUGGGCGAUGAACAUCCUUAACUAUUUCAUGUGGUCUUAUGGGGAAUUCAUGUGCAAGGUCGUCAACCUCUCCAUCAACGUCAACAUGUACACCAGCAUCUACAUGCUGGUCAUGGUGAACGUGGACCGCUACCUCGCGCUCGUCUUGACCAUGAAGGCCAGAUGGCUGCGGCGGAAACGCUACGCCAAACUCAUUUGUGUUGUUCUUUGGCUGUUUGGUGUGGGAAUGGGUUGUCCGACUGCCGUAAUCCGAAAACUUAAAGAAAUUCCGGCUCACCAAGCCGUCGAAUGCAUGCUGGAUUAUCCCAGUAAAAGUUGGAGAGUGGCUCAUCUUAUGCAACUAAACCUGGUGGGAUUUGCUCUGCCGUUCCUGGUCAUCACAUUCUGCUGUUUCAAUAUCGUCCGAGCCUUGAAGCGGAGGAGAGACAACGGUAACUGGGAAGACAGAAACGACAGGAAGGCUACGAUCCUGGUGUGCGCCGUCACCUUGUUCUUUCUCGUCUGCUGGGGCCCGUUUCACUUCGUAACUUUCAUCGAUAUACUCUGUGAUCUGUUGGUUUUGGAUGAGAAUAAGUGGUACAACUUCUUAAAUAUUGGAAACCAGUUUUCCGUAUACUUGGCGUUCUCAAACAGCUGCCUGAAUCCGGGGCUCUACGUCUGCACAGGAAACUAUUUCAGGAGGAAAGUCAGCAGCAUCUAUAACAGAAGAAAACGCUCCUUGGAUGUGACUACUCAGCAGCGGACGGUUUUAACAUCUACGACAACUGGCAAUCAAAUCAAGCCGGUUGUGUUAUAUGAGAAAGACUAUUGUUAGAUUUUUAUAACACAGCCAUGAUCUUCAUCAAUGCACAUUGUGACUCCAAUAUUAGGGGCUUUCGCACCGGAGGAAUCUUUUCAUAGUCUCUAGAAAUAAUGGUGGAAGUAUCCACUUCACAUCGCAGGAACUGGGAACGAAUUUAGUUAUAAGAACUCCUUUUGGGGGAACCAAAUUAGCUCCUACUUCAGAGUAGGGUCUAACCCAGCACAAUAGGAACUACCAGUGACGUAAGCAUACGUUGAUUGGUCAAAUACAUACCAUAUAUAUUCAAGCCGUGUAUUUUAAAGUGUCACAAGACAUAAACUUACAGAAAGCUAAUUUUAACGGCAUUUACCUGUCGCCUUUGUCUGCGUUGUGUUCUUUUCUCAGCCUCGAUGAUAUGUAGCACCACAAGUUGUCAUAAGAGAUUUCGUCUCUUAAUUCUCCUUUUUGCUCUUUCCAUCACAUAACUUAUAUGUCUGCAUUCCAUCUCCGCUAUCACGAAAUCCAUGACACAACAAAAACACAGCUCCGAUCAAGGCGUCCUCCAAUCUCCAGUUGUUGACGUGAGACUGUCCUCCAAAAAAACACGACCCUAUAAGUUUCAACCACCUUCAUUACGACCUAUAUUUACAUUUUAAAGUCAUGCGCCCUCUAGCUGGCGUAAAAAUAAUGAAAGUGUCGUGUUACAUCUGUCGUCAUGAAAUGACGUAUGACUGUCGUUACCAAUCAGAAUGCGUGUUCAUUUAAAUGCAAUGCAUGGACUUUUUACACCAUUUGUCCUAUUUCCAUUCAGCAAAACUAAAAUUGUUUUUAUUAACAACUACACACACCCUACCCCUAAACCUACCCUUAGUGAUUUAUAGUGCAUAUACACUUUAUGAGCACAUGCGUUCCCUGGGAUCGAACCCACGAUCGCAUGAUCACAUGAUUGCAUAUUGUUAUAUAUUGCAAUGAGCUACGCGAAACCCAAAAUAUGACGCAGAUAAAAGGGAACAAUGCAUUAAAAUGAAAGUGUCUUGUUGUCGAUAGGGGCGCAACUUUAGCAAACACUCAUAUGGGUCGUAUUUCAGGGAAGUGACAAAGGACCUAUAUAGGCGUAUUGGUUGGAGAACAUGUUGGUUGACGUUGCUGAAUGCCGUGCUUAAAUGACUUCGCUGUUGGUCGGUUUAAGUCACUUCAGAGUUCCUACUGGCGGUGCGAAUGCAAACAGGAAAAAUGGCCCUAGGCUAGAGGAGCAUUUAGUUCUCUGGGAACCAUCCUGGUGUGCGUUUCCCAAAAGCAUUGUUAGCCAACUAACAUCGCAAGUUCCAUCGUUACUAACAGUUCAACAAUUUGGUGUUUCCCGAAACCAUAGUUCAAACGAACUUGUGUGGUUCGAUGUCGAAGCAUAGUUUCUUGUUUUUAUGACAUGUGGUUCAUGUAAAUCUGCGGAGCCCCGCACAUGACAUGCAAGAAAAAAAAAAAAUUGUGCGCACGAUUUACUAAUU